ACUUCUUCCUGUUUACACGGAGAUACCCUGCCCCUCCCAUCCUGCGUAUGCGAAUUAGCGGUGCACUAAUCUAAGCCGACUAUUUUUUAAGUAGGAUUUUAGAAUUCACUUUGAUUAGAUACAAUUGGCAAUUCUAGAUCUAAUUUUUAAAUUAACCACACAAUUUUGAACUGUUUUAAAGCUCUGGAAAACAAUAAUUUGAACAAAUAAAAAGAGAAAUGGACUUUGAAAGCUUGAAGAAGAGAUGUGAGGCUGCAGGUCAAGGUCAUCUCCUACAGUUUUGGGACAAACUUAAUGAAGAGCAGCAGCAGUCACUGGCAUCUGAAAUAUCUCACAUCAAUUUAGAAGAGGCCAAUGAAUAUUUCCAAGAAGCUGACCAAUCCCUCAAAGAAAACAAUGAGAAAAUAGAUGAACAUCUUCAACCCUUGGAGCCAGCUGUUUGUGGUAGUGUAGCCAGAAGUACAGACGAGGUCUUAGACAAAUACAGAAAAAUUGGUCUGACGGCUAUAGGCAACAAUGAAGUUGCUGUACUACUGCUAGCUGGAGGUCAGGGCACAAGACUGGGAGUUCCAUACCCGAAAGGAAUGUAUGAUGUGGGUCUCCCUUCUGGGAAAACUCUGUACCAAUUACAAGCAGAAAGAAUAUUCAAGCUGGAACAGCUGGCCAAACGAGAAACUGGUCAAACCUGUUAUGUCCCUUGGUACAUCAUGACCAGUGAACACACCAAAGAAGCCACAGAGAAAUUCUUCCAUAAAAACAAUUACUUUGGUCUGCAGAAGGAAAACAUUAUCUUAUUUGAACAGAGUCUGCUCCCUUGCUUUGACUUCAAUGGGAAAAUUAUAUUAGAAUCUCAGUCCAAAGUAGCCCUGGCACCAGCUGGUAAUGGAGGCUUGUACCAAGCCCUCAGGAACCAAGGAAUGCUUGAUGAAAUGUCUGCCCGGGGGUUGAAGUAUGUUCAUGUUUACUGUGUGGACAAUAUACUGGUCAAAAUGGCUGACCCAGUGUUUGUGGGCUUCUGUCUGUCAAAGGAUGUUGAAUGUGGAGCCAAAGUAGUAGAGAAAACUCUACCCAAAGAAGCUGUGGGUGUUGUGUGUAAAGUGAAUGGCAAGUACCAAGUGGUAGAAUACAGUGAGAUUACUCUCAAGACUGCUGAGAAGAGGACAGCAGACGGCAGACUUUUGUUCAAUGCUGGAAACAUCUGCAAUCAUUUCUUUAAGGUUGAUUUCCUAAAAUUUGUUUGCAAAAAAGAAAAUGAAUCCCAGCUAAAACAUCACGUGGCUAAAAAGAAAAUCCCAUACAUUGACAGUAAUGGCCAGUUACAGAAACCAGAUUCUCCUAAUGGAAUUAAAAUGGAGAAAUUUGUCUUUGAUGUUUUCCAUUUUGCUCAUGCUAGGAAUUUUGCUGUCUGGGAGGUGCUUAGAGAGGAUGAGUUCUCUCCCCUGAAGAAUGCAGAUGGGCAGCCAAAAGACACACCCACGACAUGCAGAAAUGACCUAAUGAGCUUGCACCAUAGGUUUGUGCUUGCCGCUGGAGGGACAUUUGUCCAUUCUGAUGGAACACCCUAUACAGACAUACAAAGAAAUAAUAACGUUGAAGAAAAUGGGUGCAAGAGUCAGCAAAGUCAAGAUGAAGAAGAUACCAUUAUAGUUGAAGUGUCCCCUCUGGUCUCGUGUUAUGGAGAGGACUUGGAUGAGAUAGUUAAAGGCAAGCACUUCAAACCACCACUAGUCAUAGAGCUCGGUGAGGACAAAAAGGUUGUCAUUAAGGAAGGAACCAGUUAACAGCAUUUGGAUCUUAGAUUUCAUUUAACUUGUACAUGUAGUAGCAUCAACUAAUUGGAAAGGAGUUUAGAUUUGAUUGGUUCAGUAUUUGGCUAAAUUUUGUGCUUGUUAUUCUACCAUUGUUGCUUAUUAAGUUAACCUCAGAUUUACAAAUAUACAUGUAUCAGUGGAUCAUUACAUGAAAGCGUAUCUUGCUAUGUUCAUAAAUUUCUGAACUUAAAGUAUUAAAUUUACUAAUUAUGCACAAUGAUGCUGGCAAAGACUGCUGUAUUUAUUUAUUUAUUGACUGUGUAUCACAUUGUUUUAAAUUUGUCAAGCAAGUUUAUUUGGUCAAUUAUACAUUGUACCUUAUGUACCUAAGGCAGGCGAGUUUUGUGAUCCCUGCUAGGUUGUCGAGGCCACAUUAGUUAAAUGAUGCCACUUAAAUAGCUAUUUCCACAUUUUAUGUAUGUUCAGUUCUAAAACAUUGUGAAAAAUGUUAAACUUUAUAUUUUAUAGAUAAAAACUAUAUGAGAUUAUCAAUUUUAUCUAAUGGAAACACUAUAGCAGGAAGUUUUUAUCUUUAGUGGUGCUUCUGAUUUUGGUUUGAAACCUAUGGUGUGGCUCAACUUGUCCAUGAUGAAGACAGAAGUGGAAAAUGAAAAAUUAUGUUUUUCUGUUAUGCUUAAUGUAACUAAAAACCAUAUUUAUAAUUGUACCUUUAAUCCUUUUCUUUUGCUGUUAUAGAACAUACCUAUCUGUUAGAGUCAAAGAUAAUCUUUCAAUUUUUUAUAGUUAAUCUCUUCUUUGUAUCUCUAAAGAAACAAACAAAACAUGUCAGUAGCGUAGAAUAGAAGUUAUAUAAAUUCCUAUUAUUUAUUAAUCUCUGAAAUUUUUCCUUGUUUCCAUUUUACCUUCAUUUUCAUACUGAUGGAUCUAUUUUUUUAUUUUAAAAAAUUAAAUAAUCCUUUAACCAAUUUAAAUACCAUAAGCUAAAUCAUUUUUAUUAAUAACUGGAGCUAUGCAUUAGCAUGUUUAAAUGUUGAAAAUCCUUGUCUAGAAAAGAUUAACUAGACCAGUUCUGUGGGACUUUGGGUGAACUGCUUCAUUUGGCACUGUUUGAGACAUGACAGUCUGCAUUUGACUCCUGUUGUUACCUUUCUUCUUUCCUGCAUGAAGUUUGGGUUAUAUGGUUCUGCCAUCUUUAUUUUGUAGCUUUGCUUUUUAAGGUGAUAGGAAACAUUGGAGUAGUACAUUUUAUCUUUUUAUUAGAAACGAUAGGGUCAAGGAAAUUUCCUGUCCAUUCAGCUUAAUGCAUUUGCACAGUCUAUCUGGGAUUGUAAAAAAAAAAAUGGUUGGGUUUUUGCCAUGAUUUGCUUUUAGGUAAAAUACUAGCUUAUCAAAUUAUUUCUUUAUCAUUUCAAACCAUUAAAAAUCAGCUGGAAUUUUUAUAUCACAAGUGUAAAAUAUUCACUAUUAAGCUUAGCUUUCAAGGCUUGGUUGUCAUAUAUUUUUUUUUAAUCAGAAAUCUACAUUCAGUGCUCAUUAUUCAUUGCUAAAUGUAUGCUGCAAGCCCAUCUCUUUAUUAAAAACAAAAUGUUUGUCACAAACUAUUUUCUCGCCUAAUGCUUAAAGUCUUUUACAGGCCUGUUGUCAAAUUUUUUAAUAUAUUUUUCAUAUGUCAUGGAAUUUAUGGUGUACCAUAUGGGGGACCAACUGUUGACUACGUUGUUAUAAUAGCAAAGAGAUAAAUCUGCCUUUGACCACCAGCAUCUGGACAAUUAUUAAGAUGUCAUGUUACUAAUUGUUGUACAUAGUAAUCAAGGACACAACAUGACCUUUUUAUUUUUUUUGUAUGUUACAUUUUUAAAUGUUUAUAUUUAUAUCUAUUUAUGAUGAACCAUUUUUUAGUUGUUGUUGUUUUUUUAUAUAUAUUUUGGACUAAUGUCUUAAUUCAGUUUAUUUUUAAUUCUGAGAUGAUUAAAAGAAAAUGUUUUAAUGCCUAGAAGGAAUGCAAUAUAGUUUGUUGCUGAUUUUUUUUUUUCAAUAUUUAUAUAAAAAAAACUCCAUAGUGCUAUUUCAAGUUUAUAAGAUAUAUUGUCAAAGUAAUAAAAAAGAGCUAUAUAAAUGCUUUUUAUGUUAGUCGUGUAUUGAAUUGAAUGACUUUCAGAAGUGUAUUGAAUUGAAUGACUCUAUCAGAAGUAUAUUGAAUUGAAUGACUCUAUCAGAAGUAUAUUGAAUUGAAUGACUCCAUCCGAAGUGUAUUGAAUCGAAUGACACUAUCAGAAUAUCAUUUUGAGAAUACAAAGAAAAUAUUAUGACAAUUUAAAAAAGAAAAACUUCAUUUUAAUUAACAUUUUAUUUAAUUAGUUGUUUGGGAUUUUUUAGAAAUCCACAAUUUCGUUGCAUUGGCAAAGUCACUUUUCUACUUCGGUGUCCCUCUCCCCCCCCCCCUCCCCCCAAUUUUCUACUUUUCUAGAAUCUGAUGAGGAAAUUUCAUAAUUUGUUUGCUUAUUUUCAUUAUUUAGUGGAUAAUUUGUGUAAUUCUUAGAUUUCUGUUUGUUUUUAGACAUUAAUAAUUUUUUUAUAGUCAGUAAAUCUUGUAUAGAAAAAUGAAAAGAAAAUUAUGUUAAACAACAAAAAUGAUUUUUUUUUAAAUAUAUAUUUUUAUUUCCUUGACUGACUUUAUUUAUUUUUGCUUCAAGCUAAGACCUAUGUUACCAGAAUGGGUCACAUUUCUAGAAACUUAUUGAAGCUAAGUUUUUGAAGGUUUUUAGUUUGAUAGGAUCAUUGUUUAACCUUUGCUCAAGUCAAUAUGUUGCUUAUGUGUAACUUUAUAUGUAUCUUUGUACUUUGAAAGACAAAAGAUCAAUAUCAUACCAAUAAAAAUUAAAUAAAAGAUUUGUUUGUAUAAAAUUUAUAACUUUAAAUAUUCCACAAUCAUUGUUUUUGAAUCAUUGAGAAGCUUUUACAUUAUAUAAUCUCUUCUGUUCUUGUAAAAGAUUCUUGGGUAGAGUUCUUUAUGUUAGUGAGAAACCUGGUAUAGUGCAGUUUUGAUUCCAUUAAUUAAUAAAUGUUUGAGGUGGGGCAUUACCCUUGAAACCUGAUUAAAAAGUCUUCAAAAGGCUACAAUGGGUAACAGGAAUGUUCUAAUGUGGAUUUUGCUUAUAAAGUGUAGAAAUUGUGCUAUAACAUGAGGAAAAAAACUGAAGUCACUUAGCUCUUUUGCAAGCCAUACAACAUGCUUGCCACAGAAAUAAGAAUUUCUAUAUGGGUUGACCCUUCACUCCAUAGAUAAAACAUAAUUUUUUUUUCUUUUUAAAGACUAGCAUCCUCUCACAUCUCUUGACAUGCUAGAGUGGUGUUCACUCUUCUUUCAAUG